AUGGCGGUUCAACUUGCCCCGCCGUCCUCGGCCCGUCUCGUCGAGGACGACGGUCUCGUUUGCCUCGAGCUCCAGGAUGGCUCAACCUACCAGGGCUACAGCUUCGGCGCCCAGAAGAGCAUUGCUGGAGAGCUGGUCUUCCAGACGGGCAUGGUCGGCUACCCAGAGUCAGUCACAGAUCCCUCCUACGAGGGUCAGAUUCUCGUCAUCACCUUCCCAUUGGUCGGAAACUACGGUGUUCCCUCUCGCGAGAUCCUUGACGAGCUGCUGGGCGACCUGCCAGCUCACUUCGAGUCCUCCCGGAUCCACAUUGCUGGUCUGGUCACAGCCUCGUAUUGCGGCGAAGACUACUCUCAUUUCCUUGCCGCCUCGUCGCUGGGCACAUGGCUCAAGGAGCAGGGUAUCCCCGCCAUGUACGGCGUCGACACCCGAGCCCUCACAAAGAAGCUCAGAGAACAAGGUAGCAUGCUUGGCAAGAUCCGCCUCGCGAAGCAGAGCCUGACCAACGGUGCUGAGAACGGCCUUGUUCAUGCUCACACCUCUCUCGAUAGCUUCGAGCCCGUGGAGUGGAGCAACCCCAAUGAAAGGAAUCUUGUCGCUCACGUUUCCGUCAAGGAGCCUAAGCUAUACAAGCCCUCGCCGUCCAUUGCUCGCAAGCACCCCUCCGGCCGAACCAUUCGGGUCUUGUGUGUCGAUGUCGGAAUGAAGUACAACCAGCUCAGAUGCUUCCUCAAGCGCGGCGUCGAGGUCCUCGUGGUCCCCUGGGACCAUGACAUUGUGAAGGAGGCCGGCGACCAGUACGAUGGUCUCUUCAUCUCCAACGGUCCCGGCGACCCUUCCGUUGUCGACGCCACCGCCAAGAACAUCGCGACAGCGAUGGAGAAGAACAAGACCCCAGUGUUUGGUAUUUGCUUGGGACACCAGCUCCUCGCCAGAGCUGCCGGAGCCAAGACGAAGAAGAUGAAGUUCGGAAAUCGAGGCCACAACAUCCCUUGCACGAAUAUGGUCAAUGGAAGAUGUUACAUCACCUCCCAGAAUCAUGGCUAUCAAGUAGCUGCUUCCAGCCUGCCCCAGGGGUGGCAGGAGCUCUUCGUCAACGCCAACGAUGGCAGCAACGAGGGUAUCAUGCACGUUGACAAGCCUUACUUCAGUGUGCAAUUCCACCCCGAGAGCACACCCGGUCCCCGGGACACCGAAUUCCUCUUCGACGUCUUCAUCAACACCAUCGCUCAGUGCGCCGAGGACCCUGCGCUCCUCCAAAAGCCAGUCAGCUUCCCUGGUGGCACCAUUGAGGAGAACGAGCGCCUCCACCCCCGUGUCUCGGUCAAGAAGGUCCUUGUCCUGGGCAGUGGUGGCCUGAGCAUCGGUCAGGCCGGCGAGUUCGAUUACUCCGGCAGUCAAGCCAUCAAGGCUCUAAAGGAGGAAGGCAUCUACACGGUGCUCAUCAACCCCAACAUUGCCACCAUCCAGACCUCCAAGGGUCUCGCCGACAAGGUGUACUUCCUCCCUGUCAACGCCGAGUUCGUCCGAAAGGUCAUCAAGUACGAGCGCCCCGACGCCAUCUAUGUUACCUUUGGUGGUCAGACCGCUCUCCAGGUCGGUAUCCAGCUCAAGGAUGAGUUUGAGGAGCUCGGUGUCAAGGUUCUUGGUACCCCCAUUGACACCAUCAUCACGACUGAGGAUCGUGAGCUCUUUGCCCGAAGCAUGGAGACGAUUGGCGAGAAGUGUGCCAAGUCCGCCUCCGCCAACAACAUCACAGAAGCCAUGGAAUGCGUCAAGGAUAUUGGUUUCCCUGUGAUUGUCCGCGCUGCCUAUGCUCUUGGUGGAUUGGGCUCUGGUUUCGCCAACAAUAUGGACGAAUUGAGCGAAUUGUGCAACAAGGCAUUCGCCGCAAGUCCCCAGGUCCUGAUUGAGCGAAGUAUGAAGGGCUGGAAGGAAAUCGAGUACGAAGUCGUCCGUGACGCCCAAGACAACUGCAUCACAGUCUGUAACAUGGAAAACUUUGACCCCUUGGGUAUUCACACCGGUGACUCCAUUGUCGUCGCCCCCUCCCAGACUCUGUCUGAUGAGGACUACAACAUGCUCCGUACUACAGCAGUCAAUGUUAUCCGGCAUCUGGGCGUCGUCGGUGAGUGCAACAUUCAGUAUGCGCUGAACCCCUUCUCGAGGGAGUACUGCAUCAUCGAGGUCAACGCUCGUCUCUCUCGAUCUUCCGCCCUUGCCUCCAAGGCUACCGGCUACCCUCUGGCGUUCAUCGCCGCCAAACUUGGUCUCGGUAUCCCUCUGAAGGAGAUCAAGAACGCCGUCACCAAGCAGACCUGCGCCUGCUUUGAGCCUUCUCUCGACUACGUCGUUGUCAAGAUGCCCAGGUGGGAUCUCAAGAAGUUCACCCGUGUGUCCACACAGCUCGGAUCUUCCAUGAAGAGUGUCGGUGAGGUCAUGAGCAUCGGUCGAUCUUUCGAGGAAGCCAUCCAGAAGGCGAUCCGGUCUAUUGAUUUCCAUAACAUCGGAUUCGGCGCGACCCCGGCCCUGAUGAAGCUCGACGACGAGCUGCAGACUCCUUCUGAUCAGCGUCUCUUUGCCAUUGCAAACGCCAUGCACGAGGGAUACAGCGUCGACAAGAUCUGGGAGAUGACCAAGAUCGACAAGUGGUUCCUCCGCAAGCUCAAGGGCCUGAGCGACUUUGCCAAGGACAUGUCGAACUACAGCACCACGGACAUUACUGGCUCCCCCCACCUUCUCUUGCAGGCCAAGAGACUUGGUUUCAGCGACCGACAGCUGGCCAACUUCUGGAGCUCCAACGAAAUCGCGGUGCGAAGGCUCAGGCAAGAGGCGGGUAUCCACCCCUUUGUCAAGCAGAUUGAUACCGUCGCUGCUGAAUUCCCUGCCUACACCAAUUACCUCUACCUUACAUACAAUGCAUCCGAGCAUGAUCUUGACUUCGAUGAUCACGGAGUGGUGGUUCUUGGCUCCGGUGUGUAUAGGAUCGGUUCCUCUGUCGAGUUCGAUUGGUGCUCCGUCAGAGCCAUCCGCACUCUUCGUGAGUUGGGCUACAAGACGGUUAUGAUUAACGUAAGUUUAUUGUCUAUUCAUUCUCAUAUUGUCUACUUAUUUUUCAUAUCGUUUAUUUUGGUUGUCCAAGUGGACAACCUAAACCCAAUAAUCUGUCCCACAUCCGCCGCACGCUCCAGAACAUCACCAACAGCCUCAGACACAGCCCAGACUCAUUUUACACGUUUAAACAUUGUUUUCUUGAUGAACGUACAGCUGACAUCCCCAAAUUCGAACCCCGAAACGGUCUCAUCUGAUUAUGAUGAAUCUGACCGUCUUUACUUCGAAACAAUUGACUUGGAGACCGCCUUGGAUAUAUACCAGGUCGAAUCUGCAAAAGGUAUCCUAGGAGCCAUGUCUGGCCAAUUGCCCAACAACAUUGCACUCCCUCUGCACCGUGCCGGCGCCAAGGUGCUGGGAACAUCCCCAGAGAUGAUUGACAGUGCGGAGAACAGAUACAAGUUCUCCCGAAUGCUGGACCGCAUUGAGGUGGACCAGCCUACCUGGAAAGAGCUUACCAGCUUCGAGGAGGCCAAGAGCUUCUGCCAAAAGGUCACAUACCCUGUUCUUGUGCGUCCCUCUUACGUCCUGUCGGGUGCCGCCAUGAACACUGUGUACUCUGAGAAGGACUUGGAAAGCUACCUGGUUCAAGCUAGCGAGGUAUCGAGAGAGCACCCAGUGGUAAUCACAAAAUACAUCGAGAAUGCCAAGGAGAUUGAAAUGGAUGCUGUGGCCAAGGACGGAGAGGUUAUCGGUCACUUUGUCUCUGAGCAUGUUGAAAACGCUGGUGUCCACUCCGGUGAUGCUACCCUCAUCCUCCCUCCCCAGGAUCUUGAGCGCACCACGAUCAAGAGAAUUGAGGAGGCAACUCGCAAGAUUGGUGCCGCCCUCAACGUCACCGGACCCUUCAACAUCCAGUUCAUUGCCAAGGACAACGAUAUCAAGGUCAUUGAGUGCAACGUCCGUGCCUCUCGCUCUUUCCCCUUUGUAUCCAAGGUUAUGGGAGUUGAUUUGAUUGAGUUGGCCACCAAGGCUAUCAUGAACGAGCCCUUCAAGGCCUACCCUCCCAGCGACCUGCCUGCCAACUGCGUCGGUGUAAAGGUGCCACAGUUCAGUUUCUCUCGCCUUUCAGGUGCUGAUCCUGUUCUCGGCGUGGAGAUGGCUUCCACCGGUGAGGUCGCGGCCUUCGGUGCUGACAAGUACGAAGCUUAUUUGAAGGGGCUCAUAUCUACCGGCUUCAAGAUUCCCAAGGCCAAUAUCCUCUUGUCCAUUGGUUCCUACAAGGAUAAGAAGGAGAUGCUCCCCUCAGUCGAGAAGCUCCAGAAGAUCGGAUACAAGCUGUUCGCUACUGCUGGUACCGCCGAUUUCCUGCAGGAGCACGGCAUCCCGGUCCAGUAUCUGGAAGUCCUUGGAAGCGACGAGGACCGAGAAUCCGAGUUCUCGCUCACCCAGCACUUGUCGAAGAACACCAUUGACUUGUACAUCAACCUGCCAUCGAACAACAAGUACCGUAGACCUGCCAGCUAUAUGAGUAAGGGCUAUCAGACCCGUCGACUGGCUGUUGACUUUCAGAUUCCUUUGGUCACCAAUGUCAAAAACGCAAAAAUCAUGAUAGAAGCCCUCGCGCGCCAUUUUGACCUUAACGUCUCCCAGCGAGAUUAUAAAACGAGCCACCGCACCGUUGUCCUGCCUGGUUUGAUCAACAUUGCUGCCUUUGUUCCCGGUAUCGUCACGCCUGGUAGCCAGGAUAUGGAAGCAGUCACGAGGGCAUCUAUUGCCUCGGGUUUCUCCAUGAUUCGGGUGAUGCCUCUUGGCGUCGAGGGUUCCAUCACUGACGCCCUCACCCUCAAGCUUGCGCAGCAGAACAGCCAGAAGGACAACUUCUGCGACUUCAACCUGUCAGUCUCAGCUACGUCUGACAAUGAUGGGCAGAUCAGCACAGUCAUUGGCGAGGUUGGAUCCCUUUUCAUCCCGUUCAACCACCUGUCCGGUAACAUUAGCAAGGUGGCUGCUGUCACGGCUCACUUCGAUGCCUGGCCCUCAUACAAGCCCAUUGUGACUGACGCCAAGCUGACCGAUCUUGCAUCUAUCCUCCUCCUGGCCAGUCUUCACAGCCGCCGCAUUCACGUCACAUCUGUCACUACGAAGGAUGAUAUCCGACUCAUUGCUCUCAGCAAGGAGAAGGGCUUGCAAGUUACUUGCGAUGUGUCCAUCUACUCUCUGUACCUGUCACAAAACGACUUCCCUGGAUGUGAUCGCCUCCCAACUGCCGAGGAUCAGGCAGCGCUUUGGGAGCACAUGAGCACCAUUGACGUCUUCUCCAUUGGCAGCUUGCCAUACCACCUCGCCAGGGUGAAGGGACACAAGGCCAACCCCUCCAUGGGCAUCUCGGAGGCCCUCCCCCUCCUCCUAACAUCUGUCACGGAGGGCAAGCUCACCAUUGAUGACAUCAAGCUGCGCCUGUACGAGAAUCCCAAGGAGAUCUUUGAGCUGCACGAGCAGGUCAACACCAGCAUCGAGGUUGAGGUCGAUCGAUCCUACGAGGUUCCUCAGGGCUCCAUCUGGUCUCCCUUCGCUGGGCGCAAGAUGCGCGGAUCGGUAAAGAGAGUCACGUUCCAAAACAACACGGUGUGCCUGGAUGGUGAGCUGCUGCCAGUUCCCCCUCAGGGCAAGGACAUGUCCUCCCACCUGCUGCCACCCACAUCACCCCCAGCGAAGCCUACCGUUCCCUCGAUCGGCCAGGUCGCGGAGAGCCCAUACUCGAGGACCCGAAGAGAGUCCAUCCUCACCCCCGUUCAGCCCCUCACCAAGCUGCGCGGCCUGGACGGCAGUGCGCUUUCCCCGUCCUCGCAGCUUGAAAGGGCCGGUGGAGCGCUGGAGGAGUCUCUGCUACCCCUCCAAUUGCAUCCCUCUACCCGCUCUUCGAUCCAGGAUCUGGUGUCGCGACCUUCUUCAUUCAAGAAUACACAUGUGCUCUCUGUCAAGCAAUACACCCGAGCGGAUCUGCAUUUGCUCUUCACCGUUGCCCAGGAGAUGCGUCUGGGCGUUCAGCGGGAGGGAAUCCUCGACGUCCUCAAGGGACGUCUCCUGUGCACCCUCUUCUACGAGCCUUCGACGAGAACCUCUGCCUCGUUCGAUGCCGCCAUGCAGCGCCUGGGAGGCCGCACAAUCGCCAUUUCCACCUCGCAAUCCUCGGUGCAGAAGGGAGAGACUCUCCAGGAUACUCUCCGCACCCUGGCCUGCUACGGUGACGGUGUGGUUCUGCGCCAUCCCUCGGAGCAGUCUGUCGACAUUGCACAGAAGUACAGCCCCGUCCCCGUCAUCAACGGAGGAAACGGAAGCAAGGAGCACCCGACCCAGGCGUUCCUCGAUCUGUUCACGAUCCGUGAGGAAUUUGGUACCGUCAAGGGGCUGACCAUUACCUUCAUCGGAGAUCUUCUCUACGGACGCCCCGUGCACUCGCUCGUGUACCUGCUCCGCCACUACGAGGUGCAGGUGCAGCUCGUGGCCCCCAAGGCCCUGGCCCUCCCCGCCAACGUCAGGGAGCAGCUGAUCGAGUCCGGCCAGCUGCUGGUCGAGUCCGAGACCCUGACCCCCGAGAUCCUGGCCCGCAGCGACGUCCUCUACUGCACCCGCGUGCAGAAGGAGCGGUUCCCCAGCGUGGAGGAGUACGAGGCCGUCAAGAACUCGUACCGCGUCGACAACGCCGCGCUCAAGCACGCCAAGAGCUCCAUGGUGGUCCUCCACCCCCUGCCCAGGAACGAGGAGGUGGCCGAGGAGGUGGACUUUGACCAGCGGGCAGCCUACUUCAGACAGAUGCGCUACGGUCUCUACUGCCGAAUGGCCCUACUGGCACUUGUCAUGCACGGAUAG